CCAAAUGUUAUCGCCGUUGUUACCACAUCAGGUCAACUUGUAUCGCAAUUUGAAAAAUAAUAAUAUAUUUACCUCGAUUCAAAAUUGAAAUGGACGCAAUAAACGAGCCGAUAGUAUGUGUUCCAGGUCAGAGGCUCUGUUUGUCGGACAAAGUAAAUAUUCCAGGACCGGGAACUUACGAGCAGCACGGAUACAUUUAUUCAAAAUUGGCGGGAGUGGUGAACUUGGUCAAAGACGAACAUACGAACACAGUCGAGGUGCGGAGCAUAAGAGAACAAAGUAUUGUUCCGGCUCCUGGAGACAUCGUAACGGCCGAGGUAAUGGUCGUUAAUCAAAGGUUUUGCAAAUGCGUUAUAAAAUGCAUCGGAGAUGUGGUUUUAACCAGACCUUACAGAGGAAUUUUGAGAAAGGAAGAUGUCAGGGCUACAGAAAAAGAUAAGACUGAAAUGUACAAAUCUUUUAAACCAGGAGAUAUCAUUCUGGCAAGAGUUCUACCUCUCACCGAAGUUCAUACUUAUCAACUUUCCACUGCCGAGAACGAAUUGGGAGUUGUUAUCGCCCACAGCGAAGAAGGUGUACCAAUGGUGCCUGUAAGUUGGACGGAAAUGCAGUGUCCUGAGACUCUAAACAAAGAAUUUCGCAAAGUGGCUAAAGUUGUACCCGAACAUAUUGUUAACGAAAAAUGAAAUAUACUUAGAUUGCA